AUGGCUCUUGAAGAGGAUCAACAGCAGCAGAAAUUCUGGCUUAAUUUAGCAACAAAGUAUCCUGAAGUAGUUUUGUGUGUUGGAAAAAUAUGUUUUGGUGAGAAAGCAAGAAAAAAGAUGCCAAAAAAUUCCAAACAAGACCAAAAAUACACCCUUGCCCGUGCAGUGUGUGCCUUGCUAAACUCUGGAGGAGGUGUCGUAAAAGCAGAGAUUGAAAAUGAAAACUACGACUUAGAGAGAGAUAUGAUUGGACUAGAUUUAGAAGAGACGUUUCGGUCUCUUCUUUUGUUUCCAGACUGGAGAAAAUACCUGGACUUUGAACAGCGAGAUAAUUACCUAUUGAUUUUUAUUAAAACCUGGAGCAGGAAACAUGCAUCUUUAACCUCUACAAGUUCAAAUCCACGUAUCUGUAGCCUGGGUACUGGGCUGUACACAAAAUGUGGUGCUUCUCUUUCCCACAUGAGCCCUGUUGAAGCUUUUGUGUUCCUUAAAGGAAAGCAAGAUGAAGCCAGGAGAGAGCGUAGCCCAGGAACACCUGCUAAGAACAGGAAGACAAGGGCUGUUGAAGGAGACACAGUUAUUAGAAAUAAUACUGUUGCCCAGUUGUUUGAUAGGGACCAGCUGCGACAUGGGGAGACAUUGACAUUCACAGAGUCAGGAGAUGUGGAAUUUAAACACUAUUCAACUGAAAAAUUUUUGACUCGUGUCAAAGAGAUGUUACCUCAGUAUAUCGCUGGAUUUGCAAACACACGUGGCGGGUAUUUAUGGAUCGGUGUGGAUGAUGACAGCAGAGUGCAGGGAUUCAGCAGUGAUGAUGAGGAACUAGAAAAAUUAAGUCUCCUAAUCAAUUCCAUUCAAAACAAAUUAACCCUCUUCCAUUUCUGCGGGAGUGGAUAUACACACAACCUAAGGUAUGAACACAAAAUCUUCAAAGUGUACCGCCAGGCUGGAGAUCACUGUGGCUACGUCUGUGCUGUGAAGAUUCAGCCAUUCACUUGCGUCGCGUUUUCCGAAGACCCGGACUCAUGGCUGCUGGAAGGCAGCACCAUCAGGAGACUGAGAGCGGACGAGUGGGCUGCGAGGAUGACCGCUGCCGAUCCAGAUCUUUCAAAGUUUUCCGAGACCUUUAGGCUAGAGCUCAGUCUGACAGAGGGGCCACCUCUUGCCAAGCCAGUUUAUUCACACCGGGGCCUUGACAACGUUGAUGAUCUUUGUAAGCAACUGUUUCCAGUGAAAUCCGACAAAGUAAUAUAUACUCCAGAAAAACUCAGCAAAGAUCUCUUCCAAGAGCAUCCAGGGUUGGAUAUUUUAAUGGAAAAUCAACGGAAGCAGAUUUCUGAGGGAGUUCUGAUAUUUUCCAGAAGCUGGGCUGUUGAGGUUGGCUUGCCAGAAAACCAAGACAUCAUUUGUGAUGUUCUCCUAAUAGCCAAGUAUAGGCCACCUAUCCUCUAUACAAUCUGUAAGCAUCAUGUCUCAGAGGAUGUGUUUGAAUACUCAAGACGCAUAGCCUGGAAGCUGAAGGAAAAAUUAGUCAACACUGGGGGCUAUAUUCACAAAUUGUGUAUAAUACCAAAGGUACUGACUUUGCCUCCUGGAAUUACCUGUGGAAAAGAAUGGGAUCUGAAUAUUCAAGAGAUGUAUCCUCAAAACUACAGCCUAAUCAACAGUGUCAACUUGAAGGCCCUCUUGCGUGCUCUCACAGUAGCUCUGCUGACUUUUAAGUCCUUUUUAAGUGACCAUGUUGGUUCUGAGUUUUUGAACCUCUUGACUGUCAAACAAUACCAGCUGCUGUCAGAAAAUCUUCACAAAACUAAGAAGCUGUAUGUUUAUGGUCUACCAGGAACAGGGAAAACUAUAGUGGCCCUGAAGAUCAUAAAGAAAAUAAAAAUUAUGCUGCAGUGCACACGAGAAGAAGUUCUUUAUGUAUGUGAGAACCAGCCUCUGAGAGAUUUUGUGCAACGGAAAAACAUUUGCCAAGCUGUGACGAGAGUAGCCUUUUUGAAGGCCAGCUUUAAUGAUGUGAAGCACAUAAUAAUUGAUGAAGCACAGAAUUUCCAAGAUGGGGAAGGUGAUUGGUAUAACAAAGCCUUGAACAUAACUUCAUCACCGAAUCUCCCUGAACCUGGCUUUUUCUGGAUUUUCUUGGACUACUUGCAGACAAGUCACUGCUUCUCAACUGGUCUUCCAGAAGCAACAUGGCAUGAUCCUGUUGAGUCGUUAACCAAAGUUGUUCGUAAUGCUAACAGUAUCUAUAGCUAUCUAAGAGAAGAAAUGGAAAUGAUUAACCGCUCAGAAAAGUUACCAAACAUAGGCAUCCAGUGCUAG